AUGGGAGUGGCGGCUAGCAAAGAUAAUGACGAUCUAACUGACAACUUGGUGAAACAUGGACAAAUUGUUUCAAAAGAAGUAGAAUUGGUUUUCAGACUUGUGGACAGGGGACGUUUCUUCCCCUCCGAUUACAUAGAUGAAGCAUAUCGCGAUAAUCCAUUUAAGGUUCCUGCUGAGGCCACUGGAGAAUGGACUCCCGGAAAACUGCACAUAUCUGCUCCAAGCAUGUAUGCCACUGUUCUGGAAAAACUUGACCUGAAACCAGGACACGCGUUUCUGAACGUCGGAUCCGGCACCGGCUGGCUGAGUACAGCUGCAGGAUUCUUAAUUGGUGGCUCUGGAAUCAACCAUGGAGUCGAAAUUCACGAAAACCUUAUCAAGUUUGCUGAAGAGAAACUCGCGGAGACUAUUGGACGUCCUGAGGUGUGCGCAUUCCCUUGGGCAAAACCUGCAUUCUUCCACGGCAAUGGCCUGGCUCAAGAAUUAGCACAAGCGACGCACUUGUACGAUCGUGUUUACUGCGGUGCUGCAGUAUCAGAUGAAAACACUGUUAAUCGUCUUAUUAAACUAUUAGAAAUUGGCGGCAAGCUCAUUGUUCCAAUUAGGAAUAGCCUGAUGGCUUAUACGCGUACUGCUGAAAGCACUUUUACAUCCCAAGUUCUUAUGGCUUGCCAGUUCGCCGAUCUACUGCCACCUAAGGAAGAUGAUCGUCGUGAUUGUCUCCCGUGCUUCGUGCGGCCUCCCUCCUUGGCUGACUUAUGCAGAGAUGUGAUACGAGCAACUCUCCGGAAAAAUGUUUUAAAGGAGUGUCCAGUUUUUAUGCGCAGUAUUGUCGACGACUCGAAUCCCCCAGGGCCUGAUGAUCCCUCUCCUCAAGUCGAUGCUGAAGGUGAAAUAGGCGACGGGCAGAAUCAGGAGGAAGUCAAUAUUAUUCGUCAUCCAAUACGCGUUGAACUGUUUCGAAAUCUCGGAGCAGCUCGAAUCCGUCUCGAAGCGCACGAUCGAACGAGACGUGAGCAGAGGGGCCGUGAUGUUCUGAUGCGCGAUAUAGUAACUGUUCAACUACAAGAUGGAGAGCGAGGAAAUGGAGCAGGUCACGGUGAUACCGAUCGUGAUUUUGACUUCGGCGCUGGAAUGUUCGUUUUUGCAGAUGAAGGACCACCAUCGGACGAUGAGGAACUUGACGACGACGAUAGAAUGGGCCUACACUGGUUAAACGCUAUACUCGGCUUUGAACGUGAUGCUCGAGGUCGUCGUGAUCGUGAACGUGAAGACAAUCAUGAAAGAUCAGCGUCACCAAGUGACGACUCCUCAAGUGAUACUUCCGCUGAUGAUAGGGCAGGUGAUGGUGCUGACGAACACUCGGUCGAUGCACCGUCUUCUGAGGUAUCUGAGGAAAAGAAUAACGGCUGUAGUGAAGCGAACGGCUCCAAUCGCACCGAUGAAGGUAACUCUUCGAAUGAAGUCACUUCAAUGUCAGCUGAGUCUGUAGCUCCGAAAGUCGAAGGCGUCCAGCCACCUUCAGAAGAAUCAACGGAAGAUGGUGGUCAUGGUGAAGAGCAAAGAGAGCCAGAGACUGAGGCUAAUGGUGAGGAAGAGGCGAGCAACGAGGAUCGCAACUGGGAGAGUUUCCCACGCGACGUUAUGGAUCUACGGGAAUUCCUAGCGUCAAAUCGUAACCGCGGCAGUUACCCACGCUCAGAAUUUUAUCUAGGAACCGAUCGAAACAAUGGGAAUAACAAUGACGCUGGUGGGUCGAAUCCGACACGAAGACCUCGUCCUUCAAUGUCACGACGAAGCGCUAAAAGAGCGCGCAUAGCAGACGGCGAUAACAAUGAAGAUGAGGUAGAAAAAUUGGCUGAAGAAGAACGCGACAAACAACAUGCGUCUCUGAAAAGUUUCGGUGAAGCAUUCAACGAGGCUAUGUGGAAGCUCCCACUGCCGAAGCACUUGAUUAAAUACAUUGCACUGCACUCAAUUGCUCCAAUGUUUGCUACUGAUCAGACAUCAAGAUGGAGGUAA